GGAUAGACGUGAAGACGCGGUGACGUCGGUGGGUCUGGGCAGCGGGCUCUGGGGCAGAGGGAGCCGGCGGCGGGAGGAGGAGGAUGAGGAUGAGGAGUGUGAGGGCGGCGGUGUGGAGCGGCCGGAGCGCGGCCUGGGCCCUGCGGCCACGAUCCUGGUACUCUCCAGCCGGUUGCCUUGUUGUUGAUGAUGGACGUUAUUAUUCCUCUCCAGCCACCCAGGCUGUGCUGGAGAAAGCAGCCGCAGAAUCGGCAGCAGCAAAAGCCACAAAGGAGAAGAAGCCCGUUGCCUUGGAAUCCAAGUCGUUCGCCAUGAACAUGUUCCGUGGCCUGAUCGUAACCGAGCAAGUUUUCCCCUUCCCCUCAGUUCUCACCGAUGAACAAGCUCAGUUUCUCCGUGAACUGACGGGCCCCGUCAGCAGGUUCUUUGAGGAGGUCAACGAUCCAAUGGCCAACGACUCUCUGGAGAUGGUGGAGGAUGGGACCAUGCAGGGCCUGAAGGAGAUGGGGGCCUUUGGUCUGCAGGUGCCCUCUGAGCUUGGGGGGCUGGGCCUUACCAACACACAGUACGCUCGGCUGGUUGAGAUUGUCGGCAUGCAUGACCUGAGUGUGGGGAUCACUCUGGGGGCUCACCAGUCCAUCGGCUUCAAGGGGAUCCUCUUGUUUGGGAACCAGGCGCAGAAGAAAAAGUACCUUCCGAAGCUGGCUACAGGUGAAACCAUGGCUGCCUUCUGCCUGACGGAGUCGGCGAGCGGCUCUGACGCAGCCUCCAUCAAAACCACCGCCGUCAGGAGUGACUGUGGAAAGCACUACAUCCUGAACGGGAGCAAGAUCUGGAUCAGUAACGGCGGGCUGGCGGAUAUCUUCACCGUCUUUGCCAAGGUGCCGGUGAAAGACGAACAGAGCGGUGAAAUGAAGGACAAGAUCACCACGUUCAUCGUGGAGAGAGGUUUUGGUGGGGUGACCAGUGGGCCACCGGAGAAGAAGAUGGGCAUUAAGGCAUCCAACACGGCCGAGGUUCACUUCGACAACGUGAAGGUGCCGGUGGACAACGUGGUGGGCGAGGUUGGUGGUGGCUUCAAGGUGGCCAUGAACAUCCUCAACAAUGGCCGCUUUGGCAUGGCUGCCGCCCUCUCCGGGACCAUGAAGGGAGUCAUCACCCGCGCUGUCGACCACGCUGCCAACCGCACCCAGUUCGGCAACAAAAUCUACAACUUUGGUGCCAUUCAGGAGAAGGUUGCCCACAUGGCCAUGCUGCAGUAUGUGACAGAGUCAAUGGCCUACAUGAUCAGUGCAAACAUGGAUUCCGGAGCUGCAGACUUCCAGAUAGAAGCAGCAAUCAGCAAGAUCUUUGCCUCCGAGGCUGCCUGGAUCGUUACUGACGAGUGCAUCCAGCUGAUGGGCGGCAUGGGCUUCAUGAAGGAUGCUGGAGUUGAGCGGGUGAUGCGGGAUCUUCGAAUCUUCCGCAUCUUUGAGGGAACGAAUGAUAUUCUCCGCCUGUUUGUUGCGUUGAACGGUAUUCAGAACGCAGGGAACCACCUGAAGGGUCUGCAGAGAGCCCUGAAGAACCCGGUGGGCAAUGCCACGCUGCUGUUGAGCGAAGUCAGCAAGCGGGCGAGACGGAAGGUCGGGAUGAGCACAGGCGUGACCCUGACCAACGUUGUUCACCCAGAACUGAGGGACAGCAGUCAGCUGGUGGUGCAAGCGAUCGAGAGGCUGGGUGGCUGCACAGAAGAUUUGCUGCUGGAAUACGGCAAGAAGAUAAUCGACGAGCAGUUCCUGCUGAAGAGGGUGGCAGACAGCGCCAUCGACCUGUACGCCAUGAUCGUGGUAUUGUCCAGGGCCUCGCGAUCGCUGAGUCAGGCACAUGGCACUGCGCAGCACGAGAAACUGCUGUGUGACACUUGGUGUAUUGAGGCCUCGGCUCGGAUCGCAGACAACCUGACGGCCCUCAGCUCCAGCUCGGCCAGGCAGGUGUUCAGGAACAUGCGGGCCAUCUCGGCGGCUGUGGUGGGCAAUGGGGGCACCGUCACACCGCACCCCCUGGGCUUCUGAGCCGUCUCGCACCCCAACCCCCACCACCGGCCCACCCCCACCCCGCCUGGGUACUGAUCAUGGAGACCGACCCUGCAGUGGGCACUGGGGGCCUGCACGCGCAAACUCUGAUUUCUGCCGCGGUCCUAAUCUGACUGAAUCAUGUUUUCAUGCACUUGUGGACGUCCGGGGGGGUUGUGGUAAUGUUCCUCUGGCCCUGUAACGUGAGUACAUGUCUGUGCAACACUUCCCCUGGUGGUGUCGGGAGGGUCUGCGUCUCUCUGUACCCUCGAUCAGUGCCUUAGAUUUAUCCCUUCCUUACAGAGCCGUGGUUUCUGUCCUGGCCCCACCUCCCCCCCUGGUUCACCGCAGGGCAGGACUCAGUUCUGCGGUACCCCCCACCCACCCGAUCCGUGCUUCCAUAGGCCGCGACCACUACUCUCUAUCCUCGACGUUCCCGCCUGCCCAAGGUUGGAGGGCUAGCACGGAGGCAGCGGGCCGAGCGGUCCACUGGUCUGCCCUGUUCUCGGGGGGGAGCGAGGGUGAGUGGGAGCUGGGCCGGGAGAUACCUGGCCAGGUGUGCACAACAGGACUGCAGAGCCUCCCCAGAUGGAGUGGAACAGGGGCCAUGUGCUCCACACCCCCCCCUCCCUUGCCUUAAAUAAUGUUCUCAACCUUUACAAUUGUUUUACAGAGAAGAUCAGGACAAUAAUAAAAUCUCUUCCUUCCAAA